AUGGAGGUUAAUAAUAACAUUUCUAAUCAUACAUUAUUAAAUCAAAUAAUAGUAAAUCAAAAUAAUGAUACUAUUCUUAAGGAUACAAUUAUUCCUUUACCAGAAUUGAUUCUUGGAACUAUAACCUAUUUAGUAAUCAUCGCAAUGACUGUCGUUGGCAAUAUUCUUGUUGUAGUGGCUGUCUUUACCUAUCGUCCACUUAAAAAAGUUCAAAAUUAUUUUCUUGUAUCAUUGGCAUGCUCAGAUUUAGCUGUCGCAACAUUAGUAAUGCCUUUUCAUGUGGCAAAAUUUUUGACAAAUGGACGGUGGCUUUUUGGAUUUACAAUAUGCCAAUUCUUUACAACUGCUGAUAUUUUAUUAUGUACAUCUUCAAUAUUGAAUCUUUGUGCUAUUGCAUUAGAUCGUUACUGGGCAAUACAUGAUCCACUUAAUUAUGCACAUAAGCGUACCUUAAAAUUUGUUUGUUGGAUAAUAAUACUUGUAUGGGUUGCAAGUGUUAUUAUUUCUGUUCCCCCAAUUAUUGGAUGGAAUGAUUGGACUAAAAGUGAAUUGGUAGAUUAUUGUGAAUUAAAUACAGAAAAGGCAUUUGUUGUCUUUUCAGCAAGCGGGUCAUUUUUUGUACCAUUAAUAGUUAUGAUAAUCGUUUACUUUAAAAUAUUUCUAUCUGCAAGGCAAAGAAUACGAACAAAUCGAGGAAGGAGUGCUUUAGUUAAAAUUCAAAAAAAUUUAAAUAAUCCUUUAAGGGAUGAUAAAAAUAAAGAAAAACAUAAUAGAAGAAGAAUAAAUUUUAUUGCUAGAAGUAGAUCAUUUAGAUGUUCUGGUAAGAAAAAAGAUGUUAUUUCAAAAGUUAAAAGUAAUCCAACAGAUACCAAAAGUCAAUUAUUAAUAAAUGUUAAUGAACAUAAACAAAUUGAAAAUAAAUUUAGUUCUGCAACAUUACCAGAUUCUAAAACAACAAUAGGACCAUCAACAUCAAUUACGGCAUCUGGUCCUUCACAUCCUAACAAAAAUAUGGUUGUUUUUCAAUUACCUAAUGAUAGUAAGCAACAUAACUCUUCUACAAGUUCCUCAGAUGACAAAAAAGCAUUAGAUGAUUGUCAAAAUCCUACACAAGUUUUAAGAAAGCGUGAAAAAAUUUCUGUUGCUAAAGAAAAAAGAGCAGCUAAAACUAUAGCUGUAAUAAUAUUUGUUUUUACCUUUUGCUGGUUGCCAUUCUUUUGUGCAUACAUAAUAUUACCUUUUUGUGAAUCAUGUUAUUUACAUCCAAAAGUACUUCAAGCAUUUGUCUGGCUUGGUUACAUCAACUCAUCACUUAACCCAUUUCUUUAUGGAAUAUUAAAUUUAGAAUUUCGUCAGGCAUUUCGUAGAAUACUAUGCCCAAAGCAAUCUCUUAGAACACGUGUAUCUAUUUUAAGAAGAUGA